AAGCACAAAGCAAAGGAGAAGAAGUGUGGGUUCUGUACUUUCCUGCCUUGUCCCCCCACCCAACUCACCCACACUCACACUCACUCACUCACACACGGAUAUGGAUUCCCUGUCGGUCGUCAUGUUUUCAUACAGUUUAACAUUGUAAAAGAUCUUAACAGUUGAUUUGAAAUCACACAGUCAAAUUUCAACUUCAAUAUUAUACAUUAUACCAUGUUGGUCGUCAUGUUUUCAUAUAGUUUAACGCUGUAAAAGAUCUUAACGGUUGAUUUGAGAUCAUCCAGUCAAAUUUCAACUUCAAUAUUAUGCAUUAUACCAAUCUUAAUAGCUUAUUUUGAUCAGAUGCGUCAAAAUUGUAACUACUUCACACAGUUAUAGCAAAAAAUUAAAUCAUAUUCCCUCACACACACAUGCACUCGACACAAAAAUAGAUUCGCUAUUGUGACUGUUGUGAUGUUUUUGCAAAAUUUGACGCUAUAAAAGAUCUCGACACAGUUGAUUUGAAAUCAGACAGUUACGGCACGAAAACUUAUUCCCUCACUCACUCCCACUCUAUCUCUCUCCAACAACUACAAAAUCCACUAACAAAAUUAACUUUUGUUGCCUUUUGUUUCCUGUGCUAAAUGCAAUUAUCUAUGUCUCUCUUCUUUUGUUCCCUCUUCAAAUGGUAGAAGAAGAAUCAUACAACUUUGACACUGUUUUUUCCUCUCAAAAAAAACAUGUUCUCUGUUCAUCUCUUUGUUUUCACUUUUGUUGUGGUGUCCCUCCAAACAUGUAUUCCUUUUUUUUUUUCAUGAUUUGAUUUGACCUCAUUUCCACCUCAUCUUUCUCUCUUUGUUUCUUUCUUUCUUUCCUUUUUCUUUCUUUCUUAAAUCCACUUGAUUACACUCUCCUUCAUCUUUAUCUUCCUUUUUUUCUUCAUUUUUUUUAUAUAUUCUCUUUGGUUUUCAUUUGAGUCCUAAGAGAAAAACCAACAACAAAAUAUUUUGUGUUCAUGGAAAUUGAUCUGAAUGAUGAAGUAACUGAAGUUGAGGACAAGAAUAAGAACAAGAAGAAUAAUGUGUCUUGCAAUGGUGACUGUGAGAAAAGUGUUUGUGUUUGCACUUUAUCUUCUUCUUCACCAACAUGUUCAUCUUCUAGUUCUUCUUCAGCUCUUGUAUCUUCUUAUCUUGAGCUAUGGCAUGCUUGUGCUGGUCCUUUAACAUCACUUCCAAAGAAAGGGAAUGUUGUAGUUUAUUUUCCACAGGGUCAUUUGGAACAAUUUUCAUCUUUGUCUCUCUUAUCACCAUUGGAGAUUCCAACUUUUGAUCUUCAGCCACAAAUCUUUUGUAGGGUUGUCAAUGUUCAAUUACUGGCCAAUAAGGAAAAUGAUGAGGUUUACACACAAGUUACUUUGCUUCCACAGGCAGAGUUAGCAGGGAUGUGUUUGGAUGGCAAAGAGUGUGAAGGGUUGGAAGCAGAUGGAAAUGGAAAUGGAAAAACAACACCUGCAAAGUUAGCUUCUCACAUGUUUUGCAAAACACUCACUGCUUCUGAUACCAGCACUCAUGGAGGGUUUUCUGUUCCUCGCCGAGCUGCCGAAGAUUGUUUUCCUCCUUUGGAUUAUAAGCUGGAGAGACCCUCUCAAGAGCUUGUUGCAAAAGAUCUGCAUGGUGUGGACUGGAAAUUUCGCCAUAUUUAUAGAGGUCAGCCGAGGAGGCAUCUGCUCACUACCGGUUGGAGUAUUUUUGUAAGCCAAAAGAAUCUUGUUUCUGGUGAUGCAGUGCUCUUUCUAAGGGGUGAAAAUGGUGAGUUAAGAUUGGGAAUCAGAAGAGCUGCUCGACCAAGAAAUGGUCUUCCUGAAUCAAUUAUUGGUAACCAGAGUUGUUCUCCUAGUUUCCUUUCUUCUGUAGCUAAUGCAAUAUCUGCAAAAAGCAUGUUUCAUGUUUUCUACAGUCCAAGAGCAAGUCAUGCGGAUUUUGUUGUCCCUUACCAAAAGUAUGUUAAAAGCAUCAGGAGUCCAGUGACCAUAGGGACAAGAUUCAAAAUGAAAUUUGAAAUGGAUGAAUCUCCAGAAAGAAGGUUUAGCAGUGGUAUAGUGAUUGGAAUGAGUGAUUUGGAUCCCUAUAAAUGGCCCAAGUCAAAAUGGAGAUGCCUUAUGGUCAGAUGGGAUGAGGAUAUUGAGAAUAAUCAACAAGAUAGAAUCUCUCCUUGGGAGAUUGAUCCUUCUAAUUCUCUCCCUCCUUUGAACAUUCAAUCUUCUCGAAGGCUGAAGAAACUCCGGACAGGUCUUCAAGCUGACUCCCCCAGUCACCUUAUCACUGGAGACGGCGGGUUUAUGGACUUUGAUGAGUCUAUAAGAUCACCCAAGGUCUUGCAAGGUCAAGAAAAAACAAGUUUUAUGUCACUAUAUUAUGGAUGUGACACGGUAACUAAGAAGACAGAAUUUGAUAUCAAUUCUCUAAGUCAUUCUCAUACUAAUCUUGCAUCAACUGGAGCAAGAAAAAUUACUUCUGCCGAGUUUACGAGGGUUCACCCUUCUAGUUACGCAGGCUUCACGGAAACAAACCGGUUUCCUAUGGUCUUGCAAGGUCAAGAAAUAUGUCCAUUGAGAUCCCUGACGGGAAAGGUUGAUUUAAACCUUAAUUCUUGGGGUAAAACCAAUGUCAGUUACACAAAUUACACCUUACAUCAAGCUACAAAACCAAACUUUCAUUCUUUAGGAUCGGAAAUUCUUCAAAAUUCCUAUUUUCCUUAUGGCCAAGGUAGUAGCAUUUUGUGCUCUAAACCCACAAAUUUCAACCUAGAGAAUGUUCCAUUUAACACUCCUUCAGCUCAGAUAGGUACAUUGAAAAAUGAAGUUGGACUAUCAAGUUUCGCAAUCCGAAACGAGCAGAAGCUGCAGGACAAUACUUCGGCUGCUACAUCUCUAGGUGCAAACAUAAGGAUUUUAAAUGAUGAAAAUUUUAAGGGGAAGAUAAAUCCUUGCAAAUUAUUUGGAUUUUCCUUGUCUGCGGCGGAAACCACCUCACAAAAUCUACAGAACUCUGCUAAAAGAAGUUGCACAAAGGUUCACAAGCAAGGUAGCUUAGUUGGAAGAGCCGUUGAUCUCUCAAGAUUGAGCAGCUACAAUGAUCUGAUGAGUGAACUAGAGAGACUAUUUGGCAUGGAAGGCCUUUUAAGAGAUUCUGAUAAGGGAUGGAGAAUCCUCUACACUGACAGUGAAAAUGACAUUAUGGUUGUUGGGGAUGAUCCAUGGCAUGAGUUUUGUGAUAUGGUAUCCAAAAUUCAUAUACAUACACAAGAAGAAGUGGAGAAGAUGACAAUUGGGAUGAUGAAUGAUGAUAACCAGAGCUGUUUGGAACAAACACCACUGAUUAUGGAAGCUUCAAAGUCAUCCUCAGUAGGUCAACCUGAUUCUUCUCCAACAGUAGUUAGAAUCUAGUUGCAUAUGCUGGCCUUGUCUCUAAUGCAAAUAUAAUCAAAUGUUAAUUGCAUGUUUAUUACAAUUGAUUACUAUAUUUGAGCUGAAAAAAAUAUAUUAUUAUCUUUGAGCUAGUUUUGAAAUUGAAUAUUAUUAAUCAAUUAAUCUCUUUAUCAAUCAAUUUUGAUCCAAUCUAAUAGAAAUCAAUGAAAGACUUUC